CCUUCUCGUGAGCCUUACUCUAGGUGCUACUUCCGUUCUAGUGAGACGCUGACUAUUUUAGUACAGGGAUUAUUGUUGUUAUUUUAAAAACUAUAUAAAUUGAAACUGGGCCACAAAAUUACACUACCAGGCUGAACUUGACUACUCUGUGACAUGAACUGCUUUGAGCCUUCUUGGAUCCUGAGAGUCGCGAUUCUUUGCUUAAAUAACAGAAAUUGCUUACUGCGGGUAAAGGCUCUUGCCGCCAACGCUGGCAUUCCCGGAAUCCUCAAGGUAUGAUUUAAGUUUGGAUGAAAUGAGAGAUUUGACCAAUCAGCGGGUGAAGUUUGUCCUGAGUCUCCCUCUGCUAAAGCAUAUACUCCAGGAACAGGAAGAAAAAAGGAGGAAUUUCAUCAGCCGAAGCCUUGUCCUGGGAGAGGUGCUCUGCAUGGUGGAUGCGUCCACGUGUGUGAAGUGUGGAAUCAUUUCCUUGUUAUUUGGAGGUGCCAUCAACAAUCUUGGAAGUCCUGAACAUGUUACCAAGUGGUUUUGGCAACUCAAGGAGCAGAAGUAUACUGGGAUGUUUGCAAUGACUGAGAAGGGUCAUGGGAGCAAUGUGAGAGGGAUCCAGACUGAGGCCACCUUUGACCUUGACAAUCAGGAGUUUGUGAUUGACACGCCAUGUGAAGAUGCCCAGAAGAUGUACAUCGGCAACGCCAUGUAUGGGAACUAUGCUGCUGUCUUUGCCCAGCUCAUCAUUGAGGGAAGGUCUCAAGGGCCCCACUGUUUCAUCGUUCCCAUCAGAGAUGAAAACGGAAACUUGUAUCCAGGAGUGACAGCUAUUGAUAUGAUGCACAAAGAAGGUCUGAAUGGAGUGGAUAACGGAAUUUUGAUAUUUGACAAGGUUCGGAUUCCAAGAGAGAACCUGCUGGAUAGGUUUGGUUCUGUGGCUCCCAAUGGACAGUACCAUUCACCUAUUCAAAGAAAGAGUGCAAGAUUCAACGUGAUGCUGGCAACACUGACCCCUUCAAGAUUAGCGGUGGCUUUCAAAGCUAUGGGCACCAUGAAGCUUGGACUGACGAUAGCCAUCCGCUAUAGCCACAGCCGAAGGCAGUUUGGGCCCAAGGGCAAAGAAGAGGUGAAGAUCAUCGAGCACCAAAUGCAGACACUCAGGCUGAUGUCUCACCUGGCCACCACCCUGGCCCUGACCUUCACCAGCAGGCAUGCAAGCUUUGUCCUGGACGAAGACAUUUUCCAGGGGCGGGAGCUCAUCAACAGACGCUCCCUACAGGCUCUGAUGGCCGGGCUGAAAGCCUACAGCACCUGGGAGACUGUCAGCUGCCUACAGGACUGUCGUGAAUGCACCGGAGGCAUGGGUUACCUGAUGGAAAACCGAAUCUCGGGCCUGAAAUGUGACACUGAUGUGUUUGUGACCUUUGAAGGUGACAAUGUAGUCAUGCUUCAGGUUGUGGCCCGGGAACUGCUGGCCCAGUACAACAAGAAGCAUAAGAAGAAUCCAGUCUUGGGGCUGAUCCAGGGCUGGACUGCAACUGCUGGUGACAAGCUGAGAACCAGUUUCCCGGCGUUUAACACUGACAUGGUGGGCCACCUCGCCUUUCUCCUGAAAGCAGUGAAUUUUCGAGAAAGGGUUCUUCAGCGGAGUCUGGUGUCCAGACUUCACUAUAAGGUGGUAACCAAGAAGGGGGAUUUCUUCAGUGCCUGGAACUCCUGUAUGCACCAUAUCAUCUCACUGUCUCUGGCACACAUUCACAGAGUGGCACUAGAGCAGUUCUCACUGGCAGUGAGGCGCUGUCCCGACAGGGAGGACCAGGCUUUGCUAAUGAAGUUUUGUCUGUUGUAUGGCACAAAGCUGGUGUUCCAGGAGCGGGGCUGGUACUUAGAAAAUAACUACCUGACUCCCACGGCCAGCAUGCGCAUCAGGGCUCAGUUGCUGGAUUUGAGCGAGUCGUUGAAGGAUGACGCCCUGAAGGUGAUCUCUGCCUUCAACAUUCCACACACCAACCUCCAUGCACCAAUCGCUGGAGUCCUCAGCUCCAGGGCUGCCUGGGCCUUCUACCCGGCGCCUACGCCAACGCUGGGGCACUGGAUCCCCAGACCAGCUGGAGCCCGGUGCCACCAAAGAUCUCCGCUGUCAUCGGUGACUCAGAUUCCCAGUGACUUCGAAAAACUCGGGUGCUGGGUGAAAAAAAAAUCAAAACAUAAAAAUCAAACACCCUCAGGCAAAAGGGGUGGAGAAAAGCUCCACCCACUCCAAGCGCGGGCAAAAGUUCAGCAAGGGAUGAUUAGUGAAUCAGACUUGCUCCAGCUCUGCUAGGAAACAUGCCAGCGAGAAAGGGGAGCGUGACCCUGGAGUCUAGCUGGUCCUACCAGGUAGGCGAUCUCCGGACUGCAGGACGACACGCUACAAGCGGUUCACCGCGCUAAACUUUAAUCCGCCCUUUAGAGAAGCUUAGAUGCAAAGUUCAGUGAAUUAAGCGAUAGAAAAGUACUCUGGCGGCUUGGAGGGGUAGGGGAGGCGGGCCUGGGGAAGAGCUGCAAUAAACUGGUUUUGGAAAUUGGAGAGAUUACACAGGAGGAAAUGAAUUUCUCAUUUAUGUCCUGACUUUGGGGUUGCCCGGUUUCAUUCUCAAAAAGAGCCAUUAUCUCGCUUCCCUCUCUCCACAUCCGGUUGCCAGCAACGGGAAGCCACGGGCGACUCCCUGGCCCUUCCCAAGUUGCUCUUCUCUGCUGUCAAAUCUGAUCCCAGGAGUUCUCCUGACGCUGCCCAAGGGCCCGCGGCCACCUGUCAUGAGACACUUGGUGAAAGCUCCCUAAGUUCGCUGGUGAUGCAAAAGCCUCCACUUCCAGGCCGACUUCCUAAUUAAGUCCUAAAUGAGAGCACAUAACCAAGCCCGUUGCUUUCCCCAGUGCCAGUAUGUUUUCUUCUAGCACGCUCAAAGUUGCAAAAUCGGAAAACUCCGGGGCAGCCUCCUCCUUCAAAGAAACGGGCGAUGAGACUUUUUUUUUUUCUUUGUGUGGUUCUUUCUAGCUCGGUUCUGAGGUGCCUGUCUCCCGACAGAGAGUGCGGAGCCGGCAGACUGUUAUUACUAGAGGCUCUCGGAGCAGCGGCAUACCCGGUUGCAUUUUUGGGAUGCGGAGUGUCCAAGGCACAGCACUAGCUCGCAGCGGUGUCCGGGAUAGACCGGGAUUUGCUGCUAGCUUGGCUGCAACCACGCCAAUGCCCUGCGCUCUUGUAGCUAACACCCUUGGCCCACAGGAGAGAGGGCUUUGCCGCGAGGCACCCCCUCCCCCCCACCCCCCACCCCCGCUUCCCUGGGAACCAGUAGCUUCUUUGAUCUCCCUCAGAGUUGCUUGAGAAUCAAGACUUUAACCUAAGGUUGUGCUGUGUCACGUUGAGGUUAGAACCGCUUAUAAACACCGACAUGACCAAGAUGGUCCGACGCUGGGGAGAUAGGUCUUGUCACUUGUUCAUGAAAAGGUCACUUCCUUCUCUCUGCCAGCCUGGAUGCGGGCUGGGUGGCUCUUAAAUCGAGUUUCCUCAAUCUUCACACGUAGGAUGCCGAGCUCUAUUUCCAGACCGACUUCUCCCGGUUGCUGUGGCGAGAGAGUGAGAGAGAGAAGGGGAUGGGAUGGGGUGUGUGGCACCAUUGACUUCGAGACUUCCACUGGGGACAGGAACCCUUCAGGAGGGUGAAAGGGAGUUUUCGACCCCCCCCACUUGUCUGCCAGCGCGACCUGAACUCUGCUGUUCUGCUGUCGCCAGCUUCAGCCGACUGAUAGUUCCUAGCGGUACUCUGUGAGCCCAAUAAAUUUCGAACUCCCAA